AUAGGAAAAGCCAGAAAAAUAGAGCAAAGAAUAAAGUAGAAUAGGGUGAAUUGCAUGUUGUGGAACGGAAUGGUCUUUCUUGAAAUCCCCGGUAAAAGCAGGAAGAUACAAAGGAUAGAGAGUCGUUGACUGGAAGAAAUGGAGUUAACAAAAAGGACAGGAAACAUAUAAUGUAAUAUGAGGCGUCGGUGAGGAGCGCAAAGUUUACUUGAAAACGGUGACAAGAAGAAUCGCUGGAUAAUCAGUGAACAAACAGCAAAGGCAUGAAGGAGGGCGAGCGGGAGAGAGAAAGAGGUAGAGCUUGGGAGAGGCAGAAGUUGUGGGUGGAUAUAGGCGGGUGUAGGACCGGCAGCGACGGGGACGACGGGGGAUACAUGUAUCACCUCCACCUCGGCGUGAUCCGCGUUUGCGCGAUUCGGUCGGUAGCGUACGCCGGGCGGCGACGACGGCGGUGGCGGCGGUGGCGGUUAACGCAUCUCGCCGCGGCGGUAGUCGAUAUCCUUGCACGGACUGAUCAGCAAGGGCGCACAUACACGUAACGCGCUACCGUCGACGUGAAUCUGGCUGUGAGAUCCCCAAGAUCGGAUUGCCGCAGGUGGGAGGAAAGUGCUGUGGAGCGAAGAAGUCGAGUCGGGAGUCGCCUCAGGGUUGCGAAGAACCUCUUCGACAACUUACUGGGCUACGAAAAAGGGGUUGCGUCAUUGUGCGCUUCGACUACGACAGCGAUAUUCGACGGUGGUUGUCGGCGCGCUUGGCUCGCCACACCGCGAGUGGAGAGAGGUCUCAAAAGAGGCGGUAAACUAGCAUUGAUCGAGGCUGGUGAUUCGCCGCAUGCUCAUCCCGGCGGCUCCUGUAAGAGGUCGACCGCGGUGAAGGAGAAAGAGACGAAAUCGAAAGAAGGGAAGAGAGAACGAGGCAAGGGGCGAGGCGGGUAAGGCAAUCGGUAUAUAUACAUAAAUAGAGAACGAGGGAGAGAGAAAGGGGGACAGAAAGUCAGGAAAAUAGAGAGGCGAGGCGAUCGCGCGCGGUUGGAGCGAACAAAAGAGAUAUACAUACCGCGGCGAUCGAGCAAGGCGAGGCAAGCACGGCUAGACUCGCUACAGAAUGGCGUGGGGCUACUGGAGCGCGACUUCCGUCAGCGACCGGGGUCGGUCACCUCGCCGCGAGAAGGACAAACAGCAUCAGAGUCUCUAUCAGCAGCAUCAGCCGCCGUCGCAGCAGCAGCAACAACAAAUGCACCAGGCGGAGCUGUCCGCGCAGAGUACUUACGCCAGCGUGCAGGAACGAGAGAUCGGCGUGACCGCUCCCGGCGUGGGGGUCGCGACGGAGGAACCACCCUGUAGCAUGAUGAUCCAGGGUGGUUCCUUUUAUUCAUAUUCGGCGGCGACGGCGGCUGCCGCGGCCGCCGCCGUGAGUCGUCGUAUCUCCACCGUCGUCGAAGGUAGCGGCGGUGGUCCGUCCUCCCUCACCUCUACCAGCAUGGUGUUACCGCGGGAGCGCCACGUGAGACCCGGCACUAGCACACAUCCGCCGUCGCCGGGUAGCGGCGACUCCGCCGAGUACGAGCAGCCGCUUGUCGGUCAUCUACGCUCCGCGGCCGACAUCUCGCCGCCUCCUUGCCUCGGUAGUCCGCCGCAUCAUCAUCAUUAUCAUCAUCACCACCAUCACGACGACAUUUUUGCGCAGCCUGGUACCUCGUCCAGGGCGACAAAGCUGCUCCAGUGUCCACCGGACACCAUUGAAGGCAUGGACGAGUUAUCCGAGGCUGAGCUCGAAGAAGUGGCGGCAAAUGCCGAACUAAUUUACGGACCCACUGCGACGUGCCGGGUGCACGGACCGUGCAGUCAACAGCAGCUACCGCCGCCACCAGAGUCCGCGCUCUCGAUGACGUCGCUGCUCGACGUCGAGCCUGCGGGCCCGUCGCAGUUCCAGUUCAACGAGAUCACCUGGGUUUUUCCGAACGUGCCGCCUGCUCCCGGGAUGCCGUGCCAGGGAGAAGACAGAAGCAUCUACAGACGUGGCGCUCGUAGAUGGAGGAAGCUGUACCGAGUGAAUGGCCAUAUUUUUCAAGCGAAACGAUUUAAUCGGAGGGCCUUCUGCGCGUUCUGCCAGGAUCGGAUCUGGGGCCUCGGACGACAGGGAUUCAAGUGCAUCCAAUGCAAACUGCUCGUGCACAAAAAAUGUCACAAGGUGGUACGCAAGCCAUGCCUGAGCCAGCAGCAACAGCAGCAGCAGAGCGCCGAGUCACAGACGAUCGACAGAAAUGGCGACCAACAGCUUGAUCCGUAUCCUUGCGGCCCAGCGACUCAUCUCGAGGAUGAGGUCACAGAAUCGCCAAUCAUUGAGGAGCAUUCGCGCGAUCGAAUCGGACAUGAAGAAGGGGAAGAAUUACCAUUGGACACAUUGAACGAGGGUGAUACUUCAAACGACAUGCAACGACAGUAUUCGUUGAACGACUUCGAGUUAAUUAGGGUGAUCGGCCGUGGUUCCUAUGCAAAGGUCUUGAUGGUGGAGCUGAAGCGUACCAAGAGGAUUUACGCCAUGAAGGUAAUCAAGAAGUCCCUGGUGACAGACGACGAGGACAUCGAUUGGGUACAGACAGAGAAACACGUAUUCGAGACAGCCUCCAAUCAUCCCUUUUUAGUGGGCCUACACUCUUGCUUCCAAACGCCUUCGCGUUUGUUCUUCGUGAUCGAAUUUGUACGUGGUGGGGAUCUUAUGUUUCACAUGCAAAGACAGCGCCGUCUUCCUGAGGAUCACGCGCGGUUUUAUGUAGCUGAGAUUAGUUUGGCGUUAAAUUUCCUACAUGAAAAGGGUAUUAUAUAUAGGGAUUUAAAACUGGAUAAUGUAUUACUUGAUCAUGAAGGGCACGUUAAACUUACGGAUUAUGGAAUGUGCAAGGAAGGCAUCCGGGAAGGCGACAACACCGGUACCUUUUGCGGCACUCCUAAUUAUAUUGCUCCUGAGAUUUUACGUGGCGAGGAAUACAGUUUUUCAGUGGAUUGGUGGGCUCUAGGAGUCCUAUUGUAUGAGAUGUUGGCAGGCCGUAGCCCCUUCGAUCUUACUGGCGCGGCCGAAGACCCAGACAAAAACACCGAGGAUUUUCUAUUUCAAGUCAUUCUGGAGAAAACCAUACGUAUACCGCGAUCCUUAUCUGUUAAGGCUGCAUCUGUUCUUAAAGGAUUUCUUUGCAAAGAUCCGGCGGAAAGGUUGGGUUGUGGAAAGAGGCCUUCUGGUUUCCUCGACAUUGUCGCUCAUCCUUUCUUUAAAGCAAUUGAUUGGGAAAUGCUGGAGCAAAAACAAGUUACACCACCUUACAAGCCACGUUUGGAUUCCGAUCGCGAUCUUGCAAACUUCCCACCUGAAUUUACGGAUGAGGAAGUCCGUUUGACUCCGGAUGAUCCGAAACAAAUUGAGAAGAUCGAUCAGAGUGAAUUCGAUGGUUUUGAAUAUGUGAAUCCUCUAUUAAUGUCACUGGAGGACUGCGUGUGACAAGAGCCACUUUUCAUUGUGCAGCGUCACAAUCAAGACCAGCAGCAACAGUAUCAACUGCAGCAGUGCUACAUGUAUGAGUUACAAGACAGACUUGCAAAACUUCGUAUCGAUCCCCUACUCCCCGUUGUCGGCUCAAGUAAUCAAGGUUAUCACAAUAACGUAUUUCUUAUGACGUACUCGGAGGAGAAUGAGAACGACAAUAAUUAUAACGAGCAUCAUCGGCUACCACCACCCUUCCCCUUCCGAUACGAAAGUCCGGCAUACUCUCGUUCUCUAAGUAUUACAGACGUAACUUACAACCCAGGCAAUAAUAAUGCGAUUGUUAGCAAUUAUGACGAGAAUGACUAUGACGAUAUGGAGGAUGAGAAUCCGCGAAAAGGUCUCCUAAAACAGAUAUUUUGCCUUCCAUUAAACUAAAGCUCGAUUCGAGCUUCUUUAUUAAAAUUUUGUGUCCACGAUGCUAGAAAUCGCUCCGAGACCUCAAAUGGAAAACAAAUUAACAAAUCAUAUUUGAACAAUGUGAUUUGAACUCUUUUUCCGAGAUCUUGGAGUAAUCUCCACCAUCGAAAACACAAAGUUUAAAAAGAUAAGGUUGCCUCUGAUUCGAUUACUCGAUACGCAUUUUUGUAGAAACAGCUCGAGACUUACAGUAUCGUUGGACGUAAAUGUCUCGUGUAGUACAUAUUGUUAAAAAAUACGAAAAUAUUUAAUUCAACCUAAAUAUAUAUAUACACAUACACACACACACACACACACACAUACACACACACACACAUAUAUCUAUUGUUAAGUUAACUUGUUCUCUUUCACACAUGGUGCUGCGAAUAGACAUGUCGAUGGGUAACGUUAUUUUCCGCAACCUUUAGUUCGAAAGCUAAAGGUGAAAACGUACCUGACUGCUUUGAUCGAUCUUUUAGGUAUUUUUACAGUACCAUUUCUUUUGCGCAGCGGAUUGAUAUUUCCAAAUAUUAGCAACUAACCAUUCCUUUUUCUACACAUGAUUACAUGAUUUAAUCACAACAUUGAUGUAUUUUAAUAUGUAUGAAAUGCGAAUAAUCUGAGUUAUAGAUUAAUUACAUUGUGGAAAAGUCAUACCAAACAUAGUAAUAACCUCCUUUUUUUUCCGUUGACUAGCUCUUAUAUGUACAUUUUCACUUAAACUCGCGGAUAAAAGAUAACGCGGAUAAUAAUAAUAUCGAGACAUUGCUUUUAUAUGGACAUUCCUAUGAACUCGAUUAAAUCGAUAAUCAUUAGACUGGUCACUUUAUAAAGGGCCAUCGCAUAUUUUUUGUAGCAACAUUCCAAUCUUUUUUUUCUUAUCGUGAAAUUGUACUCGCUGUUAGAGAUAGAAAGAUAAUACGCAGUAACAAUAAUUUUCUAUGAAAAACGUGGUUUUUUUACUUGUAGGAAUGUAUUCUGGAAAUAUUUUUUACUCCGUAACAAGCUAGUUGUAUUUACAUGUCUACAUUGAUAGUGUACUCCUCAUCCAAGUGUGAGAGAGUGUACCGAUUCCUAUAGCGUGAUUAGGACAAUUUUUAUAGUUUUUCAAAGUAAUAUCGAGCAAACGUACAACCAAGCAGUUGGAGUACUAAAGACUAGUUUAUCUUCUUAUUGUUGAAGUUACAUAGAGAUCAUCAUGCACAGUAUUCCCUGGAUAUUCAUAAAUUCUAAUGAUUAAGACGUGCAAUGUCCGCUCUAACUUUAUUCUAAACUAAUCGCUAACAAAUUUUGAAACGUAUUACGUCACAAGUAUUAACCGUAGAAGUAUUGUUGAGAGCCGCAUGGGACAUUUUGCUAGAUUAAUAUACGGCUCAUAAAGUUUAAGAGGAUUGGGUGAUAAAAUGUUUUACGUCGAAACGCGGACGUUUGCGGAAUUAAAUUAUACGUAGACGAGAAUAUAUCAUAUAUAUUAGAGUUACUGCGCAUGAUUUUUGUUCCGAUUAUAAGGAUUGCUAUUAAAGACAUUAAGAAAAAAAGAAGGAAGAGUAAGACAGCUACGAAGAUGUGGAAUUAUCCACAUCUUGUGGAUAUGUAAAUAUGAAAAGUAUUUAACGUGAGGAUGUCACGCGAAAAGAUGUUAAUGAGGCAAAAGGUACACACACACACACACACACACACACACACACACAAUUUACAUCACACAAAAGAGGGAUGUAAUUAAAAAUCUUGUAAUUCUCUCCGGAUUCUCUCGAGCGUAUGCAAGUAUGAUUAAACGCAGAUAAAUUAGUUCCGACAUUAGAGUUAUCUUAAAACACAAUCAAUGUUACACGAUAUUCUAUCCGGCAUAAAUGCGGCGACACAUAAAAAAGAAAGUAAGUAUCGUGUAACUUGCGUUAGAGAGAAUAUGGUGCCAACACUCAACAUCUUAACAGUAUCGAAUGAUAGUAUUACGCGUUGCAGAACUUACGUGAUUUUUCUUUUUUUUUUCAGCGACGAAUCGCACUAUCUUAUCCUUGUGUUCGUUAUCUUUUUUCCGUAAGAACGUGUGGUAAGCAUAGAGAAGAACUUCAUACAUGAAUUCCUAUUGUAACAUAGCGUAUGAAUUGAAUACGUGUUAUCCGUAAACUUAAUUGUUGCAAAGGCUGCUAUUAUUUUAUAUAAACUACGACGAUCCGCUAUUUUUUAUAGGGACGAGUCUGACGACGAAUGCAAGAGAGAUAACUAUAAAAGUAUUCUAAAUAAGGAGAUCCUUAGCGCUGAUGGUAUCGAACAGUAUAUUACAGUAUAUCGGUAAUAAUAUAUAAAUAUAUUCACAUACUGUUGAUUUUCGGCACCAUAUAUACUGCAGUUAAUUAUUUAAGAUACGCUUAAAUAUUUGUUAAAAACUGUAUUUCUGGCAGGAAUAUUGUCUUUCCAUAAACGAAGCACGUUGUUUUCGCGUAACAAUCGAUAUUGUUGGAGGAUAUAGAAAAAAAAACAGGUGACGUAAUAUCACUUAUGAUCAAUUGAUUGUGCAUCGCACCGAGCUUCGUUUACAAGUUUAAUACGUGGCACAGUAACGCAGAAUCGCAUGGAAUAUUCCAUACUUUGUAUCGUAUUUUAUAUUCCUUUUAAAGGACUAUACAAAGUGAGUUGUAGAAAAAAACAUCGAGAUGCAUUGUUUUUUUUUUUGGUCUUUAUCGUCAUUAAUUAUGAAAUUUCCACGUAUUUGUACGCUUUGUUGUAGAAAUUUACAAAAUGUUAUAUAAAAUAUUUAUACUUCUCGGAUACCCGAGAAUCUCGGAUGCUUAAAUGAAUGGAGAGAUACGUAUUCUAUAAAAAGAUAUAUACAUAUAUUAUAUAUAUAUUUAAGUUAGAGUUACUUAAUUUAAUUGAAUUCAAUAUCGUCGAGAGAGAAAUUAUGCAGACUUUCUGCACAUCCGAGCCUCGGAUAUUCCAAAUACGUUCCGAAAGUAUGGGAAGAAAUUAUCCAUGCGAGCAAAUAUUGUAUGAAAUAUAAACUUAGGGGAGUAGUGUAAGAGUCAAUCAUUUUCGUACUUCCUGAUAUGAGUGAUCUUUUUAUAGAUCAUGCACGUGCAUAAAAGAAGAAAGAGAAGAAAAGUCAAACGUUUUAUGACUAAUAAUUUAUUACUGCUUAAUGACAGAUUUAUCGGAUAAUACAUAUUCUUUCGAAUAAUUUUUACAAACAUUUCCAGGAAUUGAGAUUCUUGCUUUUUUAUUCUUUUUCAACAUUUAUCAAUUUAAAUGUUAGAUUUGACACAUUCUAAAACAAUAACUGCGGAUAUAAUUUUUCUUUAAUACUAUAUAGUGCGAUUUUCGAAUUCUUACUUUAUUUUUAUUUCUGAUUCAGUUUUAUUUUUCAUUGUACAGUAUAACGUAAGAAACAUUUUGUUCUCUUGAUUAUUUCUUUGUAACAUUAUUAUAUACAACAUUCUCAUAUAAGAACACGUUAUGACAUUAAGAUUUUUUUCUUUUCCCACUAUGUGUACUCAAUGUGUAUAUAUGAUUAUAUUUAUGCAUGUACAUAGUGUCAAAAGAUACAGGUACGCGUACUGAUAAAUAAUAUAACAGAAAAGUUUAUGAGAAAUUAUAUAUAUCGGAGUUGUAGGUAUUUGUAAUAUAUUAAUUCUGAAAACCGAUAGUGACAUUAUAGUACAAUAAUUUCGAACACGCAUCACUCCUAAUGCUCAGUUAGUCUAUCGUAUAAUUAUGUGAAAUUAUAAUGAACGUAAUCUAUACGAUCCCUGUUGUCUAAUAAAUCUUCCAUAUUCUCGUU